CUAACCUCUCUAAACAGUAGAUACAAGUACAACACGUGUAGUAUGCGAAUGACAACACUCGAAAUAUAUAAUUCUGAAAAUCAUCUCCUUUGUUAAAUACAGUAAUCAAUAUUAUUAUUUAAUUUGAUAAAAAUCCCGAAUAGAAAAGAGUGUAUAAAUAAAAGUUUUUACCGAGAACUAACCAAAAUAUUCAUAAGUAACAGAAAACGGUGAACAUAACCUAAAAAUUGACUACUGUCACACAACGAUCCAAAUAAAUUUUUAAUGCAAUUGAAAAGAGUACUUUGUAAAUAAUUGCCAAAAAUGACUGAUUCAGAAAGUGAGGAUAUUGCAAAAACCAAUGGACCAGUGGAAAAUGCGUGGGCAUUGAAAGUUCCAACCUUCAAACCCGAGGACAAUCCACAUCGUCUCUUGGAGGAAAGUUCGUUUGCUACACUUUUUCCAAAAUAUCGAGAACAUUAUUUAAAGCAAUGUUGGCCAUUAGUGCAAAAAGCACUCACUGAACAUUGCAUUAAAGCAGAAUUGGAUCUUAUUGAGGGUAGUAUGUCCGUUAAAACAACGAGAAAAACAUGGGAUCCUUAUAUUAUCGUCAAAGCUCGUGACAUGAUUAAAUUGAUAGCACGCUCUGUGCCAUUCGAACAGGCCGUUAAAGUUCUACAAGACGAUCGUGGCUCUGAUAUUAUAAAAAUUUCCUCCUUAGUCAGAAACAAGGAGAAAUUCGUUAAAAGACGACAGAGGUUAAUUGGACCCAAUGGAUGUACCCUGAAGUCAAUUGAAUUGCUCACUGAUUGCUAUGUUCUUGUUCAGGGAAACACUGUCUCAGCCGUAGGUCCAUACAAAGGAUUACAACAGGUGAGACGUAUCGUGGAAGACAACAUGAAGAACGUGGUUCAUCCAAUUUACAACAUAAAGGCUUUAUUCAUCAAGCGAGAACUAUCGAAAAAUCCAACACUCAAGAAUGAAAAUUGGGAGAAAUAUUUGCCAAAGUUCACGACGAAAAAUAUCAGUAAACGAAAGCAGCCGAAGAAUAAGAAAAUUAAAAAACCAUAUACACCAUUCCCACCGGCGCAGGAGGAGAGAAUUAUCGAUAAACAAUUAGCGUCUGGAGAAUAUUUCCUCACUAAAGAACAAAAGCGCUCUAGGGCCAAGAAACAAUUGGAUAAGAAGCACGAGGAAGCAACGAAAAAACGCGAGGAGAAACGUGCCGAAGCUUUUGUACCGCCAGAAGAAAGUGCAAAAACAAACGAGGAAAAGAAGAGGGACUUCAAUGUCAAUCAAUUUAAGGACAAAGUUAAAAAAAGUUUUAAGAAACAAAAGAAAUCUUAAUUGUAGACAAUUGUCAGUGAUAUUUGGAAGGUGAUCAAUUUAAAAAAAUUUAUUUUAUUAAAAAAUAAAGAAAUUACGGUUUAACACAGUCCGCAACCUAAAAACAAUUGUCUUUAUUUUUCCGGAAAAUAAAUUUUCGUAAAUUGAUAACCUACUAAUUGUAUUAUAGAGCUAUAAUAUCUAAAAAUAGUUGACGGGAAAAAACAGUCGAGUCCCUUUACAGUUGACUUCGUUUAUAUUUUACAAUUUAAAAUAAAAAUAUAAAUUUUCUAUUUCGUAAA